UGUACCUGCUGUAUACCAUCUGACCAUGUGUUCCCACUGUGUAAUGACCAGCCCGACCGAGACUUUUUUUUAAGUUUAAACCUUAAAAAAGUCUGUAGGCCUACCCCAAAACGUAUGCAUAUCUGUAUAAGGGCAGGCUGGAAGAGAGUGUAGCUCAGGGCGAACAAUAUGGCAGGCAAGGAGAUCUGCCGUCUAAUCUGCACUGACGCAAGGGCCAGUCUGCCACCAGUCAUCCUGACAAACCAGGAGGCAGUCGUGCUGGGGCGAUGUCCAAUCACGGGAAUUAUGGACAAGAAGCUGUCACGGCAGCAAGUUGAGGUAAAGGCAAACAUUGAAGGAAGAGUUUUGCAUCUGAAACAGCUUGGUUCACAUCCAUCCCUAAUUGCUGGUACAGCCUUGAUGAAGGACCAAGAAACGACCAUUCUAGACGGUGACAGAUUCCAACUUCUCAACGACAAGUAUGAAUACCAAGUUGUGUUCCUGGCCCAGCCGGCCCCAGAAAGUAUUAAGGCCAAGCCUACAGGAAGCGACAGCAAGCGAGCCAAAGGGGACAUCACAGACUUCUUCCAAAAGAAGACAUCCAAACGAAGGAUUUCCGAAGAUGAACCCUACCCAGAAACCAGCAGUCAGAAGAAACCAAAGAUGGAUGGUCCUUCUAAAGCAACCUCAAAGAGAAACUACCGAGGGACAGUCAGCGACAGUGAAGACUCUGAUGAUGAUUCAUCCAAGAGCACAACCGAAAACUUGAACAUCACCAGUGACACACCCUCUGAAAGAAGUGGCCGCAAAGGAAAAAAUUACCACAGAGUUGUAAGUGAUAGUGAUGACAGUGACGCCGUCAACCAAGCCCCUUCGACAAACACAUCUCAAAAGAAAAACUAUCAUGUAAGAGUUGUUGGGAGUGACAGACAAGAUAGUUGCAAGGACGGCGUCUCCUAUGCAAACAGAACAGCUUUGAAUAACAGGAGUGACUAUAAAAAGCUUAUAUCAGGGGAUGACAGUGAUAGGCACUACAGAGACAAAGGUAACGCUGUAAGAAGGAAGGUGACAUCUCAGAAGAACUAUGGCGGAGCAAUUAGCAACAGUAGUGAUGAUGAUGAUGAUGUCCAGGACCCCGAGUCGAUGUCCAUAAAGGCCAAACUGACAUCCCUUCAGCAGAAUGCCAAACGGUAUCUGGAGAAGCGGUCGGCAAAUUGCCCAGACACAAGCAAGCCCGACAGUCAGCUUCCUGCCACGGUCGAAACGGAUGCGCCCCCCGCUGCAUCGGCUGGAGCAGGGAGCCAAUUAGGCAGGCCUGCCACUGAUUCUGCCUGGGAGGACCGGGGGAAAUUGGUGGUGUACACAAGCCGAGGAGUGCAGGCCAGCGACAAGAUUGCGGGAUUUGACUUAGAUGGAACCAUCAUUACUACAAAAUCUGGAAAAGUGUUUGCGAAGGGUGCAGACGAUUGGAGAAUUUUAUAUCCUGAAGUGCCACGGAAAUUGAAGACUUUACAUUCUGAAGGCUACAAGGUUGUGCUAUUUACCAACCAGCUUGGCAUUGGGAAGGGGAAACUGAAAAUGGAAGACUUCAAAAGAAAAGUUCUUGGAGUCCAGAGCAAAAUAGGAGUUCCAAUACAGGCUUUGAUAGCCACUGGAGAAGGAAUGUAUCGCAAGCCAGUUACUGGCAUGUGGAGGUAUCUGUGCAACCAUGCCAACGAUGAUAUCAACGUGUGCACAAGUUCUUCUCAAUACAUCGGAGAUGCUGCAGGCCGCCCGGUGGACUGGGCACCUGGGAAGAAGAAAGAUUUCUCCUGCAGUGACAGACUGUUCGCACUGAAUGUUGGCGUGCCAUUUUACACCCCUGAAGAGUUUUUCUUGGGCCAGAGGAAGAAUGCUUUCAAUCUGCCAGUGUUUGACCCAAGGAAGUUAUCAGCAUCCGGUCCCAUGCUGGUGCCACAUCAUGCACAGAUCCCAGCACAAGGCCAUGCACAGGAGGUCAUUGUUCUGGUAGGAUUCCCUGCUGCUGGGAAGAGCAGCUUUGUCAAGAGGCAUCUGCUACCCCAUAAAUACAUUCAUAUCAAUAGGGACACCAUGGGAACGUGGCAGAAAUGCGUGGCGGCCACAGAGUCUGCCCUGGUCAAAGGUCAGAGUGUUGUCGUGGAUAACACUAACCCCGACCCGGAGUCCAGGCAGAGGUACACAGCAUGUGCUAAGAAAGCCAAGGUCCACUGCCGAUGUUUUGUCCUCAAUGUCAGCUUAGAUCAUGCCAGACACAAUGAAAAGUUUCGUCGGAUGACGGAUUCUGGCAAGAACCACGCCACCAUCAGUGACAUGGUCUUUCACUCCUACAAGAACAAGUACAAGGAGCCAAUGACGGCUGAGGGCUUCGAUGCCAUUGUCAGAGUAAAUUUUCAGCCGUCUUUCUCCAACGUAAAGGAGGAAUCGCUCUACAAGAUGUUCUUGUUGGAAAAAUGAAGGAUUUCCGACUCCGAGCAAUCAUGAAAUAUAAUGUGGAUUGAAAUGGAAGGAAAACUUAAGACCUGCUUCUGACAUGUUUGCAGCAACAGCAUCUGUGUUGUGGUGGAGUCUGUCACAAGUCCCUGCAAGUCAAUAACAAGUCAUCUAGUCCUGAACCAAGACACAAACGAUUCAAAUGAACUGUGACAAAGACAUUCCUUUGUCAUUGUUCACUCUGUUACAUGUGACUAGUCUUAUGAAAGGCCUUUUAAUAGACUGAACUACAACAUGUGCCGUGUGGCACGGGUGUGUUUAAUAUGACUUCGCUCUCCAUUGCCUCGUGUUGACUAUCAGGACAUGAAUGGCAGGCUGGGAUGGAGUGCAGCCAAACAUUCACUGAGGGGUCGUCCAUUUUUUUAUUCGUCUUAUUUAUAAGCAUACGAAAUGUAUGCUAGGAGAGGGGGGUUCAAAGGCUGUGUACGUGUUUCAUCAACUGAAAAGUGCAUUUAGCAGUCAUUUUCUUGCAUAUGAUUUCUUUAGGGGGAGAGGAGCCAUCUGAUUCCUCAGAUUUUGUCAUCCCUUUAUUAUUUUACUAACGAAGCAGCUUUGCAGUGGAAAGGAGUGGAUUGAAGUUGUCUCUUACUGUCCACAGUAUAUUGACAAUGACACUUAAUUCUGAGUCACAUUUGAGCAUUUCUCCUCAAAGAAGAAUGUGUUUUAAGGGAAGCAUAUUUCUGUCCUGUGUUUCGUUUUCACGUAAAGGAGUUCAAUGAUAAUUGGAAUUUUAGAGAUGCGCCAUACGCUGUCGCCGUAGCAAUUUUUUGCCGUUUGGGUGGGAAAACUGUGAAGUAUGUAAUAAAUCAGUGGUUACACUGUUGGAUGGGGGGCAGGUUUGAAGAGUUUGAAGGUGAGUUGCCUGUGGUUGCAGUGCAUCUUUUCAAACUAAGCUUUCAGUAGGUAACCAUGUGGUACAGUAUAUCAACUCCUGUGUGUCUUGGUGUAACUUGUCUGUGAACCCUCAUUAACUUCAACAGGCAGAAGCAUGGAUUGUUCAACUCUGCCAGCACCCCAGCUCUUUUCUGUCAUGUUAAAGUAAUUUCCCAGCGUAUGCUCCAUUUCCAGUCGACUCCCACUGUUAUGAGCUCAGUAACAAGAUGCCAGAUAUUUUAUGGUACCUGUACGUUCCUGUGGUCCUGAGAACUUUGUUAAAAACGAGAUUUCAUUUAUUCAUAUGAGUAUUUUCACCAGCGAAUUGUACAUUGGUAUUUUUACAGUUUCUACAAGCGCAGUAAAUUUACUGACACCAUUACCUUCCAAAAUGACAAGUCAGGGAGCUUCCUUCAGCAUACAUGCGUCAGUCCAUUGUGAAACUGGAUUUGCUCUUGGACAUCAUACAGUUAUCGAAAGUUUUGUGGAGCUUCUGUAUGGCUUUGUGCGCAGUCUAAAUGGGCAAGUGUAUCUCUUUAACCAGAAAUAGAGAUGAUGAAGGCUGUUGAUUCCAAGUGAAGGAAGACCGGCAUAGGAUGUGAAUGUGGUAUUGUUUCAAGCACCCAGCAAACCUCCAAAAGUCAGACGGACUCACAGACUGGUUCAAGUCUUUAAUAAUUGCAGCGAUCGUUCAAAAAGCAGCUCUGUGUUGGUGCGUAUGAAGACAUGAAAGAAGGUUUACCUAAUUGGUUCUGUAACAUAUUUGCCAGAAUCCUCCUGUUAAAGGCCCACUCCGUGAGUAAAUAAAGCAGCAAAGAUUAGCCUAAGUAUGCUAAGAUUG